AUGCGGCCGCGGCCAAGGCCACGCCGGAGGAAUUCGCCUGAAAAGGAAGAGAAGCGGUGGGUUUCCGUCGGUUUCCGGAACAGGGGAGGGGAAUCAGAGCUCACCGGCAACGGAGCUCCGGUCGCAGCCCUCGUGGCGGCAGUUAAUCCGGUCUCCUCCCAGCGGGAGGUAUUGGAAUCUGAGAGUGAGAGCGUGGAGACGAUUGUGACGACGACUUCGGUGGAUGCGUCGUCGGUUGAUUCGAGCGGGACGGCGUCGUUUAACCAGGAAGAGAUGAACAGUUUCCAGCCCUAUGGUUACUACGACGACCAGAUGGGGUUGUAUAGUUUGGAGGAGACCAGAUCGAAUGAUAUGCUGGCGUGUCAGGCUGACCUGGAGGCUUUGUUGGAAGAUAUGGAUCAAGAAUUCCCUCUGGUGUUUGAGUUUGACACCAAUUAUUCAUCGGAAUCUCGUCAUCAAAUUCAUUAUCAGCAGUAUUAUCGUGAGGAGGAGCAGGAAGCUGAUCUCAGCAUUUACUACUAUGAUUUUUCCGGGGUCGUAUGCUGA